CAGAUACUACUUUUAAAUAAUUAAUUAAUAAGACAAAAUACAUACUAACAUUUUAUAUUAUAAUCAGCUGGAAUGGAAAAUUGAAAAGAUAAGUAAUAUGUGGAUCACAGUUCUCAGUAGAGACUAGAGACUUUUCCAAGUCGUUGUUCCUUGUCUUCUUUGUAAGUUUUUCCCCCCAAUUUCUGUUUGUAUAGCUAUAAAUAUUGCUAGCAGUAGGAAAUGCAAAUUCAUACCACAAUCAGUCAUAGUGUGUUCACCACAAUGUCAGUGAUGAAUCCAAUCUCUUUGAAACUGAUUAAAGCCAUAUUAAUGGUGUGUUUGGUGUUGCAGGUUGAACUUGUUUAUGCACAAGAGGCUAUUAGGUGCAUACAAAAGGAGAGGCAAGCACUCCUUCUCUUUAAGGCUGACCUCAUUGAUUCCUUUGGCAUGCUCUCAUCUUGGACCACUGCAGAUUGUUGCCAAUGGAAGGGAAUUCGCUGCAGCAACCUCACUGGCCAUAUCCUGAUGCUCGACCUUCACGGUCAUGUGGGGGAAUCUGAAUUUGAUGACUCAAGAUCUUAUCUCAGUGGUAAGAUUCACAAGUCACUGACGGAGUUGCAGCAAUUGCAGUAUUUGAACCUCAGUCAGAAUGAGUUUGAUGGCAGCCACAUUCCAGAUUUCUUUGGUUCUCUCAAUAACUUGAGAUACCUUGAUCUGCCUUGCUCUGAUUUUGGCGGAAAAAUUCCAUGUGAAUUUGGUGCUCUUUCACAUUUGAAAUACUUAAAUCUUAAGAGGAAUUUUCAAAUGGAGGGGUCAAUCCCUUCUCAACUUGGAAAUCUCUCCAACUUGCAGUUUCUUAAUCUCAGGUACAAUUCUUUUGAAGGAACUAUUCCAUCUCAACUUGGAAAACUUUCAAAGUUGCAAGAGCUUUAUCUUAGUGGAUAUAGUGAUAGUCUGAAAAUUAAAGAUGGGAAUCAUGACGGAGGUCAGUGGUUAUCUAAUCUCACUUCUUUAACCCAUCUUUACUUGGACUCAAUAUCUGAUCUUAACACUUCUCGUAACUGGUUGCAAAUGAUUGGUAAGCUUCCAAAACUAAAAGAACUAAGUUUGUCUGAUUGUAGCCUUUCCGAUCAGUUCAUCCUUCCAUUGCACCAUUCCAACUUCAAAUUUCCAUCUACUUCCCUUUUGCUCCUUGAUCUCUCUGGAAAUAGCUUCUCAUCCAUGAUAUUCCAAUUGGUCUCAAACAUCAGCUCCAACCUUGUUGAGCUUUACCUCGAUGAGAACAACUUGGACGCUCCCCCACCAAAUGACUUUGGCAGGGUGAUGAAUUCUCUGGAGCGACUUUACCUCUCUGAUAAUAGACUCAAGGGUGAGGUUAUGAAAUCCUUCAAGAAUAUAUGCACCUUACGUACUUUAUACAUGGAAGAAAACAAUUUGACUGAAGACCUUCCAUCAAUUCUUCAUAAUUUAUCUGGUGGUUGUGUUCGAUACUCUUUACAAGAGUUGAGUCUGAGUGCUAAUCAAAUCACUGGCUCCUUACCCGACCUUUCAAUAUUCUCAUCAUUGAAAACAUUGGACAUUACAAUGAAUCGGUUAAGUGGAAAGAUACCUGAAGGUAGCAGAUUGCCAUCUCAGUUGGAGGUUUUGUCAAUCAAAUCAAACUCUUUAGAAGGGAGGAUUCCGAAAUCAUUUUGGAAUGCAUGUACACUGCGCUAUUUGGACCUAGGAAAUAAUAGUCUGAGUGGAGAGCUUUCGGUUCUAAUCCAUCACUUGUCUGGAUGUGCUAGAUACUCAUUACAAGAAUUAUAUCUAGUGAUGAAUCAAAUAAAUGGCACACUUCCUAUUCUCUCACUAUUCUCCUCAUUAAGAAGCUUAAAUCUUUUUAGAAAUAGGCUUAGUGGGAGGGUUUCUGACUCUCAUUUUGCUAAUAUGUCUAAGUUAGUGAGAUUGCAGUUGUCGGACAACUCAUUGGCUCUAACAUUUACCAAAAAUUGGGUCCCACCUUUUCAAUUGCAACAAAUACAUUUGAGAUCUAAUAAGCUAGGUCCUACAUUUCCCAAAUGGUUGCGAACACAAACUGACAUUCAUACUCUUGAUAUUUCUAAUGUUGGAGUAUCAGGUAUUGUUCCUAAGUGGUUUUGGGAGAAGCUACGGGGCUUUUCACAAAUGUCACCAUAUCAGAAGAUUGAUAUUUCAAACAACAAUCUGAAAGGUAUAAUUCCAAAUUUUCCAGUGAUGAAGUAUUAUCGUCCUUUUCUAUCUCUAGCUUCAAAUCAAUUUGAAGGUUCUAUUCCACAGUUUCUACGGGGCUUUUCAUAUCUUGAUGUGUCUCAUAAUAAAUUUUCGGAGUCUCGAUCAUUUUUUUGUGCUUCUGGUACAGCUGAAAGUUUGUACCAGUUGGACCUUUCAGAUAAUAAGUUAUUUGGACCAAUUCCCAAUUGUUGGUAUAAUUUCAAGUCAAUAGCUUAUUUAAACUUAAGUCACAACACUUUUUCUGGAAAGAUUCCUUCAUCAAUGGGAUCUCUUCUUGGACUUCAAGUAUUGUCGUUAAGAAACAAUAGCUUAACAGAGGAGAUCCCUUCCUCCUUGAGGAAUUGCACAAAAUUGGUAAUGCUAGAUGUCGGAGAGAAUAGAUUAUCAGGAACCAUCCCUUCUUGGAUUGGGAGCCACUUACAAGAGUUGCAAGUUUUAAGCUUAGGAAGGAAUCACUUGUUUGGAAGUUUACCGUUAAAACUGUGUAAUCUAAAAGAAAUUCAAGUCUUGGAUCUUUCAUUGAAUAACCUAUCUGGGUCAAUUCCUAAAUGCUUCAUAAAAUUUACUUUGAUGGCUCAAAAGAUUUCUUCAAGAGAUUAUCCACUUCAUGCGUACAAUGCCAAAUCUAUUUUUGGAUACUUGGUGGCAACACCAUACGAUUUAAAUGCAUUCUUAAUGUGGAAAGGUGUUGAGCAAAAUUUCCAGAAAGAUCAGUUAUUUCUUUUGAAAAGCAUUGAUCUUUCAAGUAAUCACUUGUCAGGAGAAAUUCCAACAGAAAUCGGGGAUCUAUUUGAGUUGGUUUCAUUAAAUUUAUCAAGAAACAACUUGACAGGGAAAAUUCCUUCAAAUAUUGGAAAGCUUGCAUCACUUGAUUCUCUUGACCUGUCAAGAAACCAAUUGCUUGGUUCAAUUCCUUCUAGUCUUUCUCAAAUUGACCGACUUGCUGCCUUAGAUGUGUCACACAACCAUCUAUCUGGACAAAUUCCUACUGGCACUCAAUUACAGAGUUUCAAUGCCUCAAAUUAUGAAGAUAAUCUUGAUCUUUGUGGGCCACCACUUCAAAAGUUGUGCAUUAAAGAGGAGCCAGCACAAGAGCCAAUAAAUAAACAUCACAAGGAUGAAGAUUUGUUUUUCACUCAUGGGUUUUACAUCAGUAUGGCAUUUGGAUUUGUUAUUGGCUUCUGGGGGAUCUUUGGCUCAAUCAUUAUCAAGCGGUCCUGGCGACAUGCUUAUUUCAGGUUCUUGAACAACUUAUCAGACAAAAUUUAUGUUGUGGCAACCUUGAAUUUCGCAAAAUGCAAGAGAUGUCUCUCAAGCUAGCAGCAAUCUUCUGAUUAUGGUGGCACUUCUACUUAGUUCAGCACUGCUCAAUCAUAGCAACAUUGUGAAUGUGCUAAUGUACUUCAUAUUUUAAGUAGUUAACUAGCUUUUGAAAACUAUAUUUAGCUUACUCUAGUGGACAUUUUGUUUGGAUUUUCUCGGUUUGUUUUAUGUAAUUUGCUACAUUUGGUAUGAAUUAAUUUUAAGACUACAGUUGGGUCCUAUUUGUUGGUUUUUUGUAAUUAACUACAUUUCGAUGGUAUUUGUGAGUACUAUGGAGCAUGGUAAUAAGCAUACAUGACUUUUUUU